GCCUCGGCGUGUACUUCGGAAUCGGAUAAACUCGUGGAAAAAAAAAGGGUCGAGUGCGUUAUGAAUAAGCUUCGAGAGCUUUCUAAACAGUUCGUGAAUAGCUUCACAGAAAACACCCACCAGCUGCAGAGUUUUUUUCCGCAAUCAACACCAGACUUCCCCAGUUGAACUGCAUCCAUACAGUCACAAUGUCUACCUCCAUCCGAUCGAUCAAGUCCCUUGUCCCCCUGUUGGACCGCGUUCUCAUCCAGCGCAUCAAGGCGGAUACGAAGACUGCCAGCGGCAUCUUUUUGCCCGAGUCGAGUGUUAAGGAGCUCAACGAGGGCAAGGUCCUGGCUGUUGGCCCCGGUGGACUGAAUAAGGAUGGCCAGCGUGUGCCCAUGGGGGUGGCCAAAGGCGAUAGAGUCCUGAUUCCUCAGUACGGUGGCUCCCCAGUCAAGGUUGGCGAGGACGAGUUUCACCUCUUCCGCGACAGCGAAAUUCUGGCCAAGAUCAACGAAUAAAGAUACCCACAACUAAUGACACUAUCAAUGUACCAUACCGAACAUGUACAACAAAUGGAGACGUAUAAAGCAGGAGCCCGGGAUCGAUAUUGUAUAGAACGGCGUAUCACCUGGGAGCGGCUGGU